UGGGCCUAGCAGUCCACCCUCCCAGCCUGCCUCCUGCAGAGAACAAGCGCAGUGCUCUACCUCUCCUCUCAGCUGAUGCACUCACUGCACAGACAGCAGACCCAACCCUUUGCCUGCAGUUUCUUUCUCUGUUCCGUUUUCCUUCUCUCCGUUCAUCCUCCAUCUCCUCCGGGGGGGACCUGGCGUCUAAUCUGAAGUCUUUCAGUCGGAGGCUGAGGCUGUUUCCUGUCAGUGCAGAGCGCCGUCUGUGAGCCCAGAAAGCAAGCCAGGAUAUAUCUCUACCUCUCUCUCUGACCAGACAGGGAGGAAACCAGCAGGACCAACAGGAAGUAAGGAAGUUGUUCCUGGGCUGUGUGGACUAGAGGGAAAGAGGGCUAUAGAAGAGGGGUGAUCUAAAGGAUUAUCGAGAGAGACUCUCUAGAAGCAUCACUGAACCCCCCCACCCCGGCAGUACCCCCCCCCACCACCACCGACGACGUCACCUUCUGCUCCUCAUUGUUAUAAGAGCAGACAGGCCAGCGUGGAGCCUGGCAAAGACUGGAGAAUCAGCAUGUCGUCUCAGACUACUAGGAGGAACGUAUACACCCGGACCACCAGUAGUGGCAGCAGCAGGAUGAGUUCAGACGGGGGUGGCCGGCCGGCCAAGGUGGGUUCCCGGGUGGAGGUGAUCGGGAAGGGGCACCGCGGCACAGUGGCAUAUAUCGGUGCCACGCUCUUCUCCACAGGGAAGUGGGUGGGAGUGAUCCUAGACGAGUCGAAGGGGAAGAACGAUGGCACAGUCCAGGGGAAGAGAUACUUCACCUGCCAUGAGAACCAUGGCAUCUUCGUACGACAGUCACAGAUCCAGCUGGUUGAUGAUGGAGCAGACACCACCUCUCCUGACACCCCAGAACCGGCCUCCAACAAGGUCCCCAAACACGAGAUCCUGGAGACACUCAAGUCCACUAAACUGGUGCCCUUCUUUGCGAGGCAUUGGAAAACCUCUCUGGUCUUGUGGUUGAAUCUGUGUUUGAAAUUCACUGCUCGACUGAAGGACCUUACAGAUAAUUGUAUGUGUGGGGUACAGAGAUGUGGUAGUCAUUCAAAAACCAUGUUAAACUCUAUUAUUGCAAGAGUGAGUCCAUGCAACUUAUUAAGUGACUUGUUAAGCAAAUUAACUUAAUUAGGCUUGCCAUAACAAAGGAGUUGAAUACUUAUUGACUCAAGACAUUGCAGCUUUUCAUUUUUUAAUUAAUUUGUAAACAUUCCCGAAAACAUAAUUCCACUUUGACAUUAUGGGGUAUUGUGUGUAAACCAGGGACCCCCUAAAAAAUCCCAAUUGAAUCCAUUUUAAGGCUGGAUAAUCCAUAAUUCAGGCUGUAACACAACAAAAUGUGGGAAAAAGACAAGGGGGGGGUGAAGACUUUCUGAAGGAGCUGUACAGCAGGGAGCGACUGAGUAUUUACCAUUUCCACUGAUGUGUUAUGUACAAUAAACAGUGUUUGUCUGUGUAGAAACGUUUGUUUGUUUACCUCCUGUUCAAUCCACGGUAGAGCACUGACUGCCUGACACUUCCCAUCGCCACCUCCAGAACGAUGUCACCGUUGAACUCUAACCUUUUAACUUCUGUGACCUCUAACCUUUCACCUUUUUUCACCUGCCUGACACUUCCCAUCGCCACCUCCAGAACGAUGUCACCGUUGAACUCUAACCUUUUAACUUC